AUGAAGGACAGCCAUGCGAGGAAGCAGGGUUUCGAAAAGGAUUCAGCACGAUUGACCACAUUCACGCUGUUUCGAAACUCAUCACGAGAGUACAAGAUGCCGCUCUGUCUCACCUUCAUCGACUUAAAGAAGGCCUUCGACUCAGCUGAGACGGAAGCGGUCGUGGAAGCCUUGGACAACCAAGGCGUUCCUACUCAGUACAUAAAGGUACUUCGAGAGUUGUACAGUAACUUCACGACCGGAAUUUCGCCAUUCUACAAGAACAUCAGCAUUGACGUGAAGAGGGGGGUCCGACAGGGUGAUACAGUUUCACCCAAAAUAUUCACAGCCACCCUCGAGAACGCAAUGCGAAAGUUGGAAUGGGACUACCUGGGAGUGAAGGUUGAUGGUCGGCAGCUACGCCAUUUGCGCCAUUACUGA